UUGUAGCUGAGUUCAACUUCAAGGGCAAGCGCCAGCAGAUCAGACUGGUAAAGAAGUGGUAUGGUGGAAGAUUUGCGUCAUGUACUUACUAUUUUUUUUUUACUUACUAAUUUAGUUACUUAUAGUUUCACACACCGAGUCAAACAUCACUUCUUCUCGGGCUCGCGUGCGUUGGGAGUGUGUGAUUAUCCGGCGAGAAGCAGCUACACGAGCGGUGCAUGCACAUUGCAGGUGCUGAAAAGACGAGUGCAGUGUUGAUGCCGAUCAGCGCUUGUCGCUUGCGAUGCGUAGCGAAGUGCUUGAGGGAGAAUUAGCGAGUGCAGCAGUUACGUUGUGGAACUGACCGAGUAGGUUAGUUCAAAUCAACGACGUGGCUGCCCUCAGUGUUGUAGCGGUGACACGGGGUGUGGUGGCACGGUUGUGCAUGUUGGUGUUGACAAUAGUCAUUCUCUGACAAAACAACACCGGCUACGUCGACAAUCGCUAAUACUUAAUAGAGGGCAGCGAUGUCAGCGGUAACGGAGGAGGAUGUGCGUUAUCUCAAGCGGCAGCAGAGGUUUCUGCGCAUGGAUGUGCACCCGACGCAGUGCUCAAUAGUCCUGUGGUACACUGCUGAAGCGGCCGUGCUUGGAGACGAGGGAGACUAUGUCACGGGUGAACGCAAGGAGUAUGAGAAGAUCAUCUCGCUACGCAACCUGAAAGCUACGUGCAACCUGAGAGCUCUGACUGAGAGCAUUCUGGACCGAUGUCGAAUGAUACCCACGGUCAAGGUGCAAGAUCUUGUGCAGCUCAUUCGAUAUCUUCAGAAAAGGCAUAAGCAUGAUAGUGUCACUCCAUCAGGUACAGCUGCAGCUGCAGCAACUGCAGCAGAGGCCGCCAAGUCCAAGGAGAGCGAUGGAAGAGUGUACUUUGGCGAAGGAUUCAUGCAGGAACCAUUUGAAGAUGCAAAGCUUGAUGCUAAUGAUCAAGCACAUCUUGAUGACUUGGAAAACUACAUAGAGCUGUUGUAUGAAGAAGAGGAUCAGAGACUCAAGGGUACUGGGUACAUUCUGCAGCUCUUCAGAUCACCACACAACCUGGAAGAGCUGGUCGAGAAUGAAACACUGCUAAGUGCACUAUCACGCGUUCUUCGUGAAGACUGGAAGACUAACCCAAAGCUGGCGAUCAACAUCAUCUAUUGCUUCUUUUGCAUCAGCGCCUAUUCUGUAUUCCAUCCAAUCAUCCUAAAACAGAAGGUGGGCGCACAGCUUCUUGACGCACUCGAGUACGAACUGACACGCUAUCGACAGUGGAUGAAACUGCUGGCGGAUAAGAAGCGCAAAGCUGAAGCAGCAACUGAUCCAGAGUCCGAGGAGAAGGUGGCAUUUACGAACAUGCAAGAACAGAUACAGGGAAAGGUGCACUUACAGGACAAGUUCUUGAGAGUUGCUAUCUACAUGUUGCUGAACCUAGCCGAGGACCUACACACGGAGGCCAAGAUGGUUAAGAAAGGUCUCGUUAAUCACAUGCUAGGACUACUGGACAGAAACAACAUUGAGCUGUUGAUUCUCGUCUGUUCCUUCCUAAGGAAACUGAGUGUUAUCAGAUCAAACAAAGAGCUAAUGAUAUCUCACUCUGCUGUGAAGAAGAUCUCUAGAUUGUUCAACUGCAGUCAUGAGAUCCUGGUUAACAUGGCUCUUAGAACACUACUGAAUCUCUCAUUUGAUCAGCAAGUCUGCCUGCAAAUCGUCAAACUGCGACUGAUUCCCAAACUUCUACCAAUGCUAGAUAACCCAGUCAACCAGACAACUCUACUGUGUCUCCUUUAUCACCUGAGUAUCCAUGACAAGCACAAGAGUGUCUUUGCCUACACGGACAUGGUUCCUAAGCUAGUUCAAUUGAUCGUGGAAGCACCGGGUAACCUGAUUGGUGCUGAGCUGGGGUCACUGUGUGUCAACUUGGCCCUGCAUCCACGUAUAGCUGAGCUGAUGUGUGGCGUGGCUGAUGAUGGCAGUACACUGACUGGAAAAGGUGUUCGCUUGCUGUUGAAAAGAGCAUUGUACCAGUGCGACCCAUUGAUCUUGAAGACAUUGCGCAAUAUCAGCGUACAUGCCCAGAGUAGUAUCCGUCAGCUGUUUGUGCCGUACGUAGCUGAUAUUGGACAGGUGAUGGUGAGCAGUGAGGAUCAGGAAUGUGUCUGUGAUAUGAUGGGAUUACUUGGUAACUUGACAUUCCAACGGCCGAGAAAAGCCACUGAUGACGAUGAUGAUGAUCUAGAUGAGGAUGAAGGCGAUGCGGAUACUUCUACAAAGCAGCAAUCAGCGGCGGUGGCGUCGGCAUCUUUGAUACCAGAGGAAUGCUAUACGUGUCUACGUUCGCUAAUCACAGAGUGUGAUGCUCUGCCUUUGUUGACUGAUAAACUUGAGCAAAGAGCUAUAACGCUACAGUUGACAUCAGAUGGUGGUUGGUCCACUGCACUGGAGCCCUUACUGUUGGCAGUGGCCAUGGCUCAUGAUGAAGAGUGUGCGCUGGCUAUGGCACAUAGCGGCCAUAUCGAACUGAUCGCUAACCGCCUGACUGGUCACCAAGACGACGAUGACAUCGUUUUGCAGUCUGUAUAUUUCUUCUACAUGACGUUACUGCAUAGCGUGACACGAGAAUACUGCAUCAAAGAAACACAGAUACCGCACAUUCUCCUGACUUUGAUGCAUGAUAACAACGCCGAGGUCAAGAAGAUCUGCAAUGCAGCACUGGAUAUUGUACAGGAAUACGAUGGCCAGUGGGCCAGCGACAUUCAAGAAUCUCGUUUCCUCUACUAUAACCAGUCCUGGUUAAACUUCGUACAGCAGAAUGCCAUACAGGAGCAGAUCAACGAUGCGGAAGAGAGAAUGUUCAGUGCACAGAUGGACGACGGGGCAUUCAUGCCAGAAGACAUGGCCGCCAUGAUGUACGCCACCAUGCAUCAGGGUAGCUAUGGCGAUGAUGACGGUGAUGGCAUGGAGGAUGGCGCCGAGGACGACAUGCUUAUGUACACGGACGAAGCACAGAUGAGAGCGUAUGCUGGUAUGGCCAUGGAGGAACAGCACAGAAUGGCUGCGGCCACUAGUCGAGCUGCGGCCGCGGCCAUGGGAAUGGCGGUUGGUAGCAGUACGAAUAGCUAUCCAGAAGGUUUACUCGGUGAGGAGUAUUAUGGGCAUGAGGACUUGGCCGAUGAAGACGACUACAUGUUUGCCGAGCAUGCAGAGCUGCUGGGACAGCCACAGUGGAUGAAUCAAGCCACCGGAAAUCUGGCAGCGACACUGGCAGGAGGAGAAGCCGGAGGUCUGCUUGGCCCAGACUAGUACACAAUGCAGUGCUGACUCUGUGACUGUGUGCUGGACAAGCUGCUGCUGCUGCGUUCUGGACUACACCGUGUGCCGGAGAGAUCUGUGUUCGUAUCGGUACUAACACUACAGCCAUGGUGUAUAGGACCAGCAACUUGGACUAUGAUGUAGCUUGCCAUCACAAGGUGAUGUACCUAGCUUACCAUCACAAGGUGAUGCCGACGUACCUAGCAGGUACAUCACUACAUGUGCCGGCAUAGCACCGGGGAUCAGACCACACUACCUGGUAUAUCACUUGUCCCUGCUCGUACGUCAUAGUUAUUCAGUCACUCUGUCUCAUGACCAUGCUGCUCUCUGGUAGAACUCUGCCUCUAUAGCAUAGAUACUAGGUACUCAAGUUUGUACUAGUAGUAGUAGUAGUUCUGGUGGCGAACCUCUGCCACAAGCCCCCCCCCCCCCUUCAUGCAGUACAGUCAUGCAGCAGUGUCAUUAUGGCCAGCGUAUGCUGCCACCAUAAGACUGAUGUUGGCUCAGCCGGUGGAGGCAGUGUAUUGUCCUGUGUAUGACUUGAAACCAGUUAUAUCAUUAGCUCAUUCCGGUCUCGCUGCUUCCUGUCAGCUCCAUGAAUUGCCCAACCCCCCUCCCUGUUGGUGCUGCUGCUGGCUGCUUGUAACUAUGCGUACUAUCGCAGAAUCCAUCUUUCGCAAGUUCAGUCCUGGUUUUCACUGACUGCCGUGGUUACACGAGUCCUCUUGUUUAUCAGUUGAGCGGCGAAAUGUUCGUUUCCACACGCCACAACCUCUUUGAUGUCAGAUAUGUACACAUAGCUACAUGUCAUUGUAUGCCUAUUCUCCCGGAACAUUCUAUUCUAUAAUUAUCUAUUCGGUCAAGAUACCGUAUUCGACCAUAUAUGGACUGACGGCAUAUACCGUCCGACUAUCAAUUCUAUUAUUCGUUUUGUCUAUUUCCAACGGACAGAUUCAGGUGAUAUUUAUGUAACAUAAUAAAUUGAUAAUCUUGUCCAA